AUGAUUCUGGCCCGAAAUGCAGAAAAGGCCAUGACAACUUUGGCGCGUUGGCGUGCAGCAAAAGAAACGGAAGCGGGUAAACAAGAGCGUCGGCCGUACCUCGCCUCAGAAUGUCGCGAUUUACCUCAGUGCGAAAAGUGGCGGCUAGAGAUCAUCCGUGAAAUCUCCAAAAAAGUAGCACAAAUUCAAAACGCUGGUUUAGGAGAGUUCCGGAUACGAGAUUUAAACGACGAAAUAAACAAACUACUCCGAGAGAAGCGUCAUUGGGAGAAUCAAAUAUCGGACCUCGGCGGACCACACUACCGCCGGUAUGGACCGCGGAUGUUCGACGCCGAAGGACGUGAGGUGCCCGGGAACCGCGGCUACAAGUACUUCGGUGCCGCCAAAGAUCUCCCGGGCGUACGGGAGCUAUUCGAGCAAGAGCCACCACCACCGCCCAAAAAGACGCGCGCCGAGUUGAUGAAAGACAUCGAUGCGGAUUACUACGGGUAUCGGGAUGAUGACGAUGGCAUACUGUUACCACUAGAGGAGAAGACGGAAAAGGCUGCCAUCGAGCGGGCGGUUGAAGAAUGGAACAGUGCCAAGGGUUCGCAGCAAACGGCUUCCAAAGACGACGACGAACCGGACAUCUACGGCUCGGACGCGUACAUAACGCGAGAUGCGGAAAAGCAAGCGACCGAAGACCCGAUGGGGUUGUUGGGACCACGUUUCACCGCACACGUUCCUGUACCCAGCCAGAAGGACAUCGAGGCCGCGCUGCUAAAGAAACGGAAACUGGAGCUGAUGAAAAAGUACGGCAUCGAGGAUGAUGAAUAAAUGCAU